AUGUCGGGACUUUUGCUCGCUAGCCUCAUCGCUUUGUCUGGCGCUUACGCCAAGACUGUGAGGUCUCCAACUCCUCCCAUGGGCUGGAACACGUACAACCGGUACAAUUGCAACCCAACCGAGGAAAUUGUCAAGGCCAACGCCAAGGGCAUGGUGGAUUUGGGCUUUGCGGAACUCGGCUAUACGAUUGUUGCCGUGGACUGUGGAUGGAUGACAAACGAAAGAGACGAGAACAAUCGAUUGCAAUGGAACACUAAGAUUUUCCCAUCUGGUCCCAAGGCUCUUGGCGAGUAUAUCCAUGACUUGGGCCUCGAGUUUGGCCUUUACUCUGGGGGCGGGUACUACCAAUGUGGCUCUACUGACCUUCCUGGAUCAUUGGGUUAUGAAGAGAUCGAUGCCCAGUCCUUUGCCGACUGGGGCGGUGAUGCCCUCAAAUAUGACAAUUGUUACUCAACGUCCAAAACCGUCAUGGUCGAUUCCACUUCGCCUGAGGCCCAAAGCCCAGAUCGAUUCAUCAAGAUGGGCGCAGCCCUUAAUGAGACUGACCGAGAUAUCAAAUUAUUCCUCUGCCAGUGGGGUAUCGGCGAGAAUGUCCCAGACUGGGCUGCUCCCUUGGGCAACACCUGGAGAAUGAGCAACGACAUCUUUGGUGCCUGGCGGGCUAUCUGGCGCAUCACCAACCAAGUCGUCGGCCAUGCCAAGCACACUCGUCCAGGUGCAUUUGCAGACAUGGACAUGCUUGAAAUCGGGCUCGGCUUCCUGUCUUUUGAGGAAGAGAGAUUUCACUUUGGCUUCUGGUCCAUGAUGAAGUCGCCUCUCCUUAUCGGAGGAGUCUUGGAUGAGAAGGAAAUGCCAAGUGAAUCUAUCAAGAUCAUGUCCAACAAGGAGGUCAUUGCCAUCAACCAAGACCCCCUGGGCAAGGCAGCUGAACUCGUUAUCCGAUAUACCGAGGAAGAGUGGGAUGUGUGGGCCGGCGACCUUUCUUCCAAUCGAAAGGUGUUGGCUGUUGCCAACUGGAAGAACGAGUCUCAGACGGUGGACGUUGAUUUAAGUCUGAUCGGCGUGGACAAGGCUAAGGCCCGUGACGUCUGGGCUCAUGCUGACGGUUCUAUCUCUGAUAUCGAGACCUUUGAACUGAAGGCUCAUGAGCUUAGACUCCUCGUAUUGAGCGAGAUUGAAGAGGCUUCACGUCCCAAGGAACUCAGCUACUACGCCGCUGACGAUGCAUCUCUCGAGGGGUCCGCCAAAAUUGUCGAUUGCAGCAAGACCGAGUGCCUGCCAGUGAACAAGAAGAUCGGAGACAUCGGCGGCAAAGACACCAAAGUCACCUUCAAGUCAGUCAGCGCCCCUCGAGAUGGUGAAGUGCUCGUGGGCAUCGACUUUACCAACUACGACUAUCGCCAUACCAUGUGGGACUGGGAAUCCAACACUCGCAACAUGACCAUCACUGUCAACAAAGGAGAUUCCAAGCGCUGGGCUUUCCCAAUCGCUGGUGGAGACUGGUUUGAGAGUGGCAGGCUGAACGUUGUGCUUGAUGGUUUCGUUAAAGGAGACGACAACACUGUCACUUUCACGCCAUCAUCGUCCUCGGGCUGGGCUCCUGAUCUGGUGGGAUUUGAGAUAUUCGAGUAA